AUGGACCCGAAAACUUCAAAACCGAACAUAAAAUCGUCUCAUGGAGUAAAAACGUCUUAUGUUCGCCAACCACGGCAACGUAUCGCUCCAAAUUACUUUCUCGUUUGGAUAGAUGCCAGCAUCGACGAAGACAAAAAGGAUUGUCAAGACACACUUACUCAACUGAAGAAUGUGGUCAGCGACGUCAAUAUAUGCACAGAACCAAGUCAAUGCAUCCAUUUGCUCAGUCAAAUUAACAAUGAACGAGCCUUUGUCAUAACAUCAGGCUCAUUAGGUCAAUAUUUGGUUCCUGAAAUUCAUAGUAUGCCACAGCUAGAUACAAUUUACAUCUUCUGUGCCAACAAAUCUAGACAUGAAGAAUGGACACAAAACUGGACAAAAAUCAAAGGUGUCCAUACAAAUAUCAAAGACAUUUGUCAAGCAUUACAAUUAGCUGUUAAGCACUGCAACCAGGAUGCAAUUGCCGUAAGUUUUCUUACGAUAAAUGAAAUGGCUUCAACUGAAAAUUUAAAUCAGUUGGACCCAACUUUUAUGUAUACCCAACUGUUCAAGGAAAUUCUUCUUGAUAUCAAAUACGGUGAUAACGCAAUCAAGGACUUAGCAACUUGUUGUCACGAAGUUUUUACUGGCAAUCCAAAUGAAUUACAAAUGAUUAAUGAAUUUGAACGUGACUAUGAUCCACAAAAAGCAAUAUGGUGGUAUACACGUGAGUGUUUUACCUACAAAAUGCUCAAUAAAGCACUUCGAAUUAUGGAUGCCGAUAUAAUCAUUAACAUGGGUUUCUUUUUACGUGAUGUACAUCAACAAAUUCAACAGCUGUACGAGCAACAAGUCAGUAGUUAUGGAAGCGAACCUUUUAUAGUUUAUCGAGGACAAGGUCUUAUGAAAUCAGACUUUGAAAAACUUCAACAAACAAAAGGUGGACUUAUGUCAUUUAACAAUUUCCUGUCUACCAGUAAAAAUAAGAAAAUAUCUCUCAAAUUUUCUGAAGAUGCUUCAUCAAAAACAGAUAUGGUUGGCAUUCUCUUUUUAAUGUCCAUUGAUCCUUGUAUUAAAUCAACACCAUUUGCCUCUAUUACUGAACUUAGUUAUUUCAAGGCACAAGAAGAAGAAAUACUCUUCUCAAUGCACACCGUCUUUCGAGUGAAUGCAAUUAAACAAAUGGACAACAAUAAUCAACUUUAUGAAGUUGAAUUACAAUUAACAUCGGACGAUGAUCAACAACUACAUAUACUUACUGAUUGGAUACGAGAAGAUACUGAUAGUACUGGAUGGAACAGAUUGGGUCUCUUAUUGUUUAAAAUUGGUCAAUUUAAUAAAGCUGAAGAACUUUAUACUGUAUUACUCGAACAGACAUCUGAUGAGGGUAAAAAAGCUACUUAUUAUAAUCAGUUGGGAUAUACCAAAGAUCAAAAAGGUGACUAUGAAAAUGCUAUUUGGUAUCACGAACAAGCACUUGAAAUUCUACAAAAAAAUCUUCCUUCAAAUCAUCAUGCUUUGGCUGAUUCAUACAACAACAUCGGUUUGGUGUAUACCAAGACAGGAGAGUACUCGAAAGCACUUUCAUUUUACGAAAACGCACUGGAAAUUCGACAAAAAACCUUUCCUUCAAAUCAUCCUGAUUUGGCUGAUUCAUACAACAACAUCGGUAUGGUGUAUGCCAACAUGGGAGAAUACUCGAAAGCACUUUCAUUUUAUGAGCAAGGACUUACAAUUCGAGAAAAAACUCUUCCUUCAAAUCAUCCUGAUUUGGCUACUUCGUACAAUAACACCGGUGGUGUGUAUGACGGGAUGAAAGAGUACUCAAAAGCACUUUCAUUUUACGAAAAAGCACUUGAAAUUCAACAAAAAACUCUUUCUUCAAAUCAUCCUGACUUGGCUAACUCAUACAACAACAUCGGUUGUGUGCAUACCAGAAUGGGAAAGUACUCGAAAGCUCUUUCAUUUUACGAAAACGCACUGGAAAUUCGACAAAAAACCUUUCCUUCAAAUCAUCCUGAUUUGGCUGCUUCAUACAACAAUAUUGGUAGUGUGUAUGACAAAAUGGGAGAGUACUCAAAAGCACUUUCAUUUUAUGAAAAAGCAAUUCAGAUCUUUCAAAACACUCUCCCUUCAAAUCAUCCUUCUUUGGCAAUUUCAUACGGCAACAUCGGUUUGGUUUAUUUCAAUAUGAAAGACUAUUCGAGAGCACUAUCAUAUUAUGAAUGUGCUCUUGACAUCAAUCAACGUGCAUUACCUCCAACUCAUCCUGGUGUUAAAUAUGUGAAAGAGACUAUUGAAGUUUUAAAAAAGAUAUUAUAA